AUGGACACAGCUACGGGUGAAACGGUUUCUGGAUUUGUGUUGUGUCCUGAAUCCCCGACUGCUUCUCUUUUCUUUCCAGAAUACGCUAAGCGAGUGUACCAAGGUGUCCGAGUGAAGCACACAGUCAAAGACCUGCUGGCGGAGAAGCGAUCACGACAGACAAACGGGCCCAGAUACAACGGAGGAUCUACCACCCCACCUUCAUUUGUUCAGAUGCCAGGAACACACGUGCUACCCAGCUACUACAGCAUGAGACGUUCCUUCUUAUCCGACACAGACUUCUGCCCGUCCACUAAGCAGUUCCCCCCUGAUGUUUAUUCUUCCACUCUUGGAGGGAAACCUCUGGGCUGUGAAUCUUCCGCCAUGACUAGCUACUCCUCCCUCAUCGACAGCUACUACCCAGAAACCUUUGGGGAUUACCGCAGCGCCGCCACCUUUUCCAGCUCUGGAAGUUCAUUUCUGCCCUCGUCGGCCAUAUCGUCCCUGUUGCCACCUUUCAGUGGAGAAUCAUCACAUUUAUAUCUGAGGGACUCGUGGGAGCAGUCUGGUCCUGAGCCAGUGUCCCAGGUUGAAGCUCUUUGUCCAGAAGGCCUGGCCCCUGUCAGCGUCCCCCCCUCGAUGCCCAGCCCGGAACCCCCAGGCAGCCCCUCCCAGUACCCCUCACCCAGCCGUGGUUCCUCCAUGGUCCCCUCAGCCAGCAGCCAGUCCUACACUCUUCACCCCCUGGAGGAUGUCCACUACCACCCUCUAACCUCCAGCAGCCCCUACUCUGUGCCUUCCUCCUCCUUCCCCUGCCCCCCCUACAUGAGCAGUCCUGUCAGUGACCUGGUGUCCAAGAUGGUGGCGGAGGAGGUGUCCGAAGGCCACGGCAGCCUCCCUACCAGCACCGAGGCCCACUCGUCCUGGGGCAAGGAGGACGGAGUGAGCGCAUGGUCACCCUAUGAGAUCCGGAGGGCUUACUGACUGCUUCAAACGACAGAGAGGAGAAAACUUCACAGACAUUAAAACAAAGGCAGCACACACCCGCUCUCUGAGAGGCCCUUUGGUGGACAAAGCUUUGCUUUUUUCCUCAUGAGUCUAUUCUUUGGUGUGUUGAUAAAACAGCAUCACCAGCUGACCAACACCACCAGCUGGUGAUAGAGCAAAGACACGGAGAUGAGUCGGUUUUGAAAGACACGGACACCGUGGCGCUGAAACACAACCAAAAGUACUCAGGAUUGAAUAAAAGACUGAAACUAAAACAAAAAUAUUAAAGAAUGAAGUAAACAAUCUACUAUUAUCGUGUCUGAACUGAGGGUUAAAGGUCAUGUGACUAUGCUGCCUUUUGAAGACAAACUCUAUUUUAUAUCUGCUUUUUAUUGUAACACAUAGACAGAAAUCUGAUACUGAGUAGAGUUUUUGGUCUCUCGUUUUUAAAAUCUCACUUUAUCCGUGACCUACAGACAGAUCCUGUAACAGAUUCUCCAGAAUCAGGACAAAAUGCUGUUAGUGUUUAGAAAAACGGAAUAAAACAGAUUUUAUCCUUUAUACUGGAACUGCAGGUCAGCAUUUUGUUGUGGACACGAUUAAAGGGGAACGGGAGAAGUUUGAUCAUUCGUUUGGUUUUAAAUUAUAAAAAAGUUAAAGAAAAUGACUUUAAUAUUCUAAUUUAACCUCUAAUAACAUCAAUAACCCAUUUGGUGGUUUAACACAUUAAGCAUUUAGAUCUCAGACCUCCACAGCUCUUAACUAUACGCUGAUAUUUAUUUAAAGAUUUGUGUGUUCUCUGAGUUCUUGUGCAUUUAUAUUGUGUGGAGUUUCUUUUCCCUUCUUUAUAUCAAGUUGUCACCUAAAUAUUUGAGGCAUGUUUCUUUGAUCAAAGUCUGUUUUGUCUGGUCUCUGCAGCAUAACGGGUUUAAACAUCACAACAAACGCUGCAUGUCUUAACAAUGUUAGACAGGGCCAAACGUCCAAAGUCUGGUCUUAUGUAGAGCGGUCUGUUGAUCCCUGGUACUCGUGCAUUACCAUGUUUUAAUCUCAUUGUUUAUUGGAUUUCAUUUUUUAAAUAAAAUAAGUAAAACACAUUUUAACCUGGAACUUUAAUUGACCAAGUAAAGCCUCUUUUGGGUAAAAUCAGCUUCAGAAUCCAGGAGAUGUUUUUGUCCAGCAGAUGGCGCCGCUGAGCUGCCAGAGGAGCCUGCGCCCAGGAGGAGCAGCCGCGAGUCGGGAAAACUUCGGGAGGACAGGAGACAAAGAAACAUAUACAUGGAAUAAUCUGAAUCAAACGUAAUAAGCUAGUCGUGUGCAAAAAUAUAAUAACAUGGCAGGAAUAAACACAAAUAUAUAAAAAAAAUGUUCUUUUGCUGAGUGGAAAAAAUAAUAAACAACUAAUAGUUCUUUAAUAACGUUUAUUAAAAUGUUCUAAUUAAUAAGUGGGAGUUAAUUCUGCAUUUCGGGUUACAAGAAGACUUUAAGAUGACUCGGUGACAUAAGAGUUAAACAUAAAUCACACGUUUAGUUUGUUCACAUUAUUAUUUCAUCAGAUUUUAUUUAUAUCAUUAAAAUUAUUCUCUAAAGGGGUCAAUACAGAGUUAUUCAUUAUAAAUAACUAUUAUUUUAAAAAGUUAGAACCAAAUCUAAAGGAAUUAAUAAUCUGAUUAAAAAAUUAUGAAUAGCUAAAUUCAUAAAGCACAGCUGAAUGUUCUCAGUGGUGAGGAUGAGAAAUUAUUAAUUAUUAUUUUCCUUUUAAACAACUUUAAAGCUUUAUUCCUGCGCUGUGCUACUGAUUUACCUGCAGCCUGCUGCAGCAGGUGAGAGCACCUGGGACCUGCUGAAGGCCUGCAAAGAUGGCCGCCGAUCUUUGCCACGCCCCCUUCUAACCCACUUUAAUGCGUUUUAUCCGUUUUUAAAAGUUACUAUAUAUUAUAGCCUGAAUGGUUACUGUCUAUACUUUACCCAUAACCGUCUAAUGGUAGAUUUAGGGUGAAAAUCGCUUCUAAAGCUGCGUAAACGACGCAUCCG